AUGGAUAUUUCGAGUGAUGACAACUCAAAAGAUGAAAUUAGUUUUAAUGAAGAAAAAUUAAAUAUAUGUAAUAGUGAUGCCAAAAAAAACGAACAAUCAGAAAUCGCUUAUUCUAACCAUCAAAGUGAUAAUAAUUGUUUAACUAAUCAAAUAAAUGAAUCGGUAGAUAAAACUGUGGAUAAAACAGUAGAUGCAUAUAAUAAUACUACUAAUGAUGUAUUUGUUCCUAAAAAUUCAUCGAAUUAUAGAAACAAGGGAUUUGGAUUUGUUUCAUUCGAAAAAAAAACAUCUAUGGAUAAGGUAUUACAAGAUAAGCUGCACGUAAUUUGUGGCAAAGAAAUCGUCGUUGAUAUUGCUUCGGAGCGAGAUAAUAAAAAUAGGCAAUUUCCACCACCAACUAAUACACUACCCACAGAUUCGCUUUUUGGUGAGUCCUUUCCAAGAUACUCAGAAUAUGAAAAAAAAAUAAAAAAUCAAACAUAUACAAAUAGUAAUAAUAAUAUUAUUAGUAGUAGUAAUAGUAGUAGUAAUAGUAGUAGUAAUAGUAAUAGUAAUAUAAAUUAUAAAGAACGUUCAAUUGGGUAUAACAAAUAUGAUAACAAUAUAAAUAAUAAUGCAAAAUCUCAUAUAUACAAAAAUAACGACUACAAUUUACUAAUGCAAAAUUUCUAUGGUUUACGCUCAAAACAUAAUACUUUAGGAAAUAAAACAAAUAACAAAACCAAUUCUAGGAACAGCAUGCCAAUUACAUAUAUCCCACCAUCUAAUUAUAAUGAUGAAUAUUCAAAAAGCUUAAAUAAUUUGUCGUUCUACCAAAACUGUCCAAGGUUCUUACCCAAUGAAUACUAUUGGAAUGUAGGAAAUAAUUAUAACUGGAAUGAUAAAGUAUUACAUGAUAAUACAUUUACAGCUAAAAAGGAUAAUUAUUCUUUACGACAUGUUUCAACUGGUGAACCAUACAUUAUUCAAA